GUCCUCAGUGCGCCUUCGGGAUGGCCGUCUGAGGCGCACGGUGAAGGGAGUCGGAAAAAAAGCGAAAAGAGAAAUCAGGGUGUGGGCAGGCUGUGGGUGAGCGAUGGGAGAGAUUGAGGGCACCUACCGCAUCCUGCAGACCCCUGGCUCCCGCUUGGGGGCCCAGUUCAAUGCUGGGAUCAGUACCCUGGAACCAGGACAGAGCCUCAAUCCCAAAGGUCAUGGGAAGGGACUUCAGGUUCGUGUACAGGGGCUUGAUGACUCACAGGAGUUCUACGACUUGGAGUCAAAGGUAGAUGGCCAGGCGCUGCUGUCUGAAGUGUUUCGGAGGUUGAACCUCAUCGAGUCGGACUACUUUGGCUUGGAGUUCCAGAACAUGCACAUGAACUGGAUAUGGCUGGAACCUUUGAAACUCAUUGGGAAACAAGUCAAGAGACCCAGGAACACGCUUUUCAGGCUGUCAGUGAAGUUUUUUCCCCCUGACCCUGGUCAACUACAAGAGGAGUUCACAAGGUACCUGUUUGCCCUGCAGGUGAAGCGAGACCUGAGUGAGGGCAUGCUUCCCUGCUCCGAGAAUACCACCGCUCUGCUCAUCUCGCACCUAGUGCAGUCGGAGAUUGGUGACUACGACGACAUGGCCGACAGGGAGUUCCUCAAGCUGAAUAAGCUGCUGCCCCAGCAGGAGCAGGUGCAGGAGAAGAUAAUGGAGUUCCACCGCCGACAUAUAGGCCAGACUCCAGCUGAAUCAGAUUUUCAAGUCCUAGAGAUCGCGCGCAAGCUGGAGAUGUACGGUGUGCGGUUCCACCCUGCCUCUGACCGCGAGGGGACCAAGAUUAACCUGGCUGUAGCCCACAUGGGCCUCCAGGUUUUCCAGGGCAACAUAAAAAUAAACACUUUCAACUGGUCCAAGAUUCGCAAGCUAAGCUUCAAGAGGAAACGGUUUCUGGUCAAGCUCCACCCAGAGGUCCAUGGUCCUCACCAGGACACGCUGGAGUUCCUGAUGGCCAGCCGGGACCAGUGCAAGAUUUUCUGGAAGAAUUGCGUCGAACACCACACCUUCUUCCGCUUGUUCGACCAGCCAAAGCCAAAGUCCAAAGCCUUCUUGUUCAGCCGGGGUUCUUCUUUUAGAUACAGCGGAAGGACCCAGAAGCAGCUGGUGGAAUAUGUACGGGAUGGGGGAUUGCGGAGGACGCCUUACCAAAGGAGGAACAGCAAGAUUCGCAUGUCAUCUCGGUCCCUGGCAUCCGAUCUGCCAAAACAGAGCCUGAGAGCACCAGGUUCUGCGGGUUCCCCCUCAUUGGCCACCAUCUCCUUCCAUUCGCUUCACACCAGCAGCUCCUUGCCACGCUCUGAUUAUCCACACACGCCUCCUGCCCUGGUGCCCAGCUCCUUGAAGGAAGAACCUACCAAGGCCGCCACUGCAGCCUUCGUUGCUGCCCCUGCCCCCCCACCUCACUACGCCUUCCAAGGAUUGCCAUCGGAGAGCCCCCAGCUGUCACCCUCCGGCCUGGACAGCCCCCUCUGCCUCUCCCCAUCUUUCCAGAUGUCCACCCUCAGCCUCCCAGGCCAAGCGCCCUCACCCCUGCAGAGCCCCGUCCUGAGCGAGGUGGGCAGUGCCCGACUUGAGGAUGAGGACGAGGAGGGCAAGAGGAAGCUUCAGAGGUACCCCACCGACAAGGCCUAUUUCAUCGCCAAAGAGAUACUGACCACUGAGAGAACCUACCUGAAGGACCUGGAGGUUAUCACGGUGUGGUUCCGCAGCGCCGUCAUCAAAGAGAAUGCCAUGCCUGAAGGCCUGAUGACCCUUCUCUUCUCCAACAUCGACCCCAUCUACGAGUUCCACCGAGGAUUCCUCAAGGAGAUCGACCAAAGGCUGGCUCUCUGGGAGGGACGCUCUAAUGGCCACGUGAAGGGUGACUGCCAGCGGAUCGGAGACGUGAUGCUGAAGAACAUGUGUGCUCUGAAGGUGACAGCGACACUUCUGGCUAAGUGUGGGCAGGAGUUCACCAGCUACUUGCAGAAGCACGACGAGGUGCUGACGGAGCUAGAGAAGGCCACGAAGCGGCUGAAGAAGCUAGAGACGGUCUACAAAGAGUUUGAGCUGCAGAAGGUGUGCUACUUGCCCCUCAACACGUUCCUGCUGAAGCCCAUCCAGCGGCUCGUGCACUACAAGCUCAUCCUGGAGCGACUGUGCAGACACUACAUACCCCAGCACCCGGACCGCAAUGACUGCCUGGAGGCCUUGAAGGUGGUGGCGGAGAUGGCCAGACAGCUCCAGAGCAGCCUCCUCCGGCUGGAAAACUUCCAAAAGCUCACGGAGCUCCAGAGGGACCUCAUCGGUAUCGAGAACCUCAUUGCUUCUGGCAGGGAGUUCAUUCGGGAGGGCUGCCUCUUCAAGCUCACCAAGAAAGGCCUGCAGCAGCGGAUGUUCUUCUUGUUUUCCGACAUGCUCCUGUACACUAGCAAAGGGGUGACGGCCACAAACCAGUUCAAAGUACACGGGCAGCUGCCCCUACGCGGCAUGAUCGUCGAGGAGAGCGAGAACGAGUGGUCUGUGCCACACUGUUUCACAAUAUACUCUGCGCAGAGGACCAUCGUGGUGGCCGCCAGCUCCAAGGUAGAGAUGGGGAAGUGGAUCGAAGAUCUGAACGCUGCAAUCGACAUGGCUAAGAAGUCGCAGGAGAAGAGUGGCGUUCUCUUGGACUCUGGGCAGUGCGAUCGCUCCGACAGGUCCUCCGACGAAGUGUCACUGGAGCAGGAGUCGGAGGAUGAGACCCAUUCGUCACACACCUCCCUGGAGAAGCAGACGCACCAUCGCGCCAACACCACCAUGCACGUGUGCUGGCACCGCAACACCAGUGUCUCCAUGUCUGACCACAGCCUUGCCGUGGAGAACCAGCUCUCUGGAUACCUCCUGAGGAAGUUCAAGAACAGCAAUGGGUGGCAGAAGCUGUGGGUGGUCUUCACCAACUUCUGCUUGUUUUUCUACAAGACUCAUCAGGAUGACUACCCCUUGGCCAGUCUCCCGCUUCUGGGCUACACGGUCAGCACCCCAGGCGAGACGGACAGCAUCCACAAGGAGUUUGUCUUCAAGCUGCAGUUCAAGUCCCACGUGUACUAUUUCCGGGCGGAGAGCGAAUACACAUUCUCAAGGUGGAUGGAGGUGAUAAAGAGCGCAGCCAACGCUCCGGGCAGGAUGAGUCUUCUCGUCCCCAAGGAUACCCUGGAGAUCAGUGGCAACUGAUUACCUGACUGGGUGGUGCUCCAGGAGCUGGGGAGGGUGGGGUAUUGCUGAGGCCCGCCACAGCUAUUUUUAACCGCUUUUUAGAGAAACUCCUGUCCUGUUGGCAGCAGAAUUCUUUGAGAAACAGGACAAGGCCAGCAGGGCUCUGAAAGACAAUGUUCUGUUUUCGCGCUCUUUGAGCCCCUCCGUGCGUCUUGGGCAAUGGCUCCGUGUCGGGCGCGUCGCAGCCGAGUGUCGGCCUUCUCUGUGCCGGUGAAUCAUAUCGACGUCGCAGGGAAGAGCAGGACCCCGAGGCACCUUUCAGGUGUAAGAACAGGAAAAUACGCAAAAUUGUACGUGUAGAUGUAUUUGGGAGGGUGAACGCAUGGUAUGCGUGUGGGUACGAAAAUAGAGGUCCCCUUAGCGUCUAUAGUGCCAAAUGGUCUUACUUCAGUAGGCAAAGGCUACUCAUAAAUGAGCUUUACGUUGAAUAUCGUUUUUAUUAAUGCGUGCGAUGUCCUAUGCGCCCUGGG